AUGUGGGUAUGCCUGUGUGUGUUUGUCUGCGUACGUAGGUUAUCUAGAAAUAUGUCUGUUCCUCGCCGUAAGAAGCCCUCGGGGUCCUUACAAGCUUUCUACACAGCAAGCUCGAACUCAUCGAAUGAGUCUGGACAUAAAGACGCGGUAACCAUGGUCAUUCAGUCGCGCAAUGUAAGGGAACUGCUGCAGACGCUUCUCAAGCCCGUUCGAAUCGAUGCAGUUUCGUUCACGACCAGCCCUUUGCAAUCGGCAGUGCUGCUGGCAAGCACAAAUGGCUCCGUGAUCUCAUUCGCCAGCAGCGACACCACCAAGCAGGACAACCAUUCGGUUAACAACCUGAAGAUGAUGAGUCUGCUGAUCAGGGACAAGUGGUCUGUCGACGAGUCGCUGGCAAACGAUCGGUCAUCGCCAGUCGAAACCCGCUACAGACACAAGAUAGAAUCUGAAGAGGAUGGCAAACUCUUCUCCGACAUCUACACCUACGAGAUUGAGGACCUGCAUGCCUGCGUAGCCCAGAUACCGCAAAGCGAGCUGCUUCUGCUGUUCAUUGCGGAGACCGGCUACCCGUACGGGCUGCUCAAGCUCAAGAUGCAAAAGGCAUUACUCGCAUUCAAGGAUAUGUACGGCUACAAGCUUGGUUAG